AAAGUCCACUGAGCAGCAAAAUCUUAGACCCUUGGAAGAAAGCAAAGGAAAAAUCCCAAGAUGGACUCCUUUCAGAAGUGUGUGGAUGGGAUACAAGGAAUAACGGAGGAUGUCGUUCACGUUUUUCAGAAUAAAGAUAUUCCAAAGCCUGGGGAUAUGAUCCAGUUUCAGAUGCCUCUUUUCCAACAUUGGGGCAUCUAUGUGGGAGAUGGAGAUGUGGUUCAUUUUGCAUUGCCAGCUGUUAAAGUUAUUCCACUGAAGUUCAAAGUUCGAAAAGCACCAGUGAAGGAUGUAACACCAGUAUUGACCUUUGCCGUGUACAACAAAUAUGAUAAAGACCAUUCUCCAUUGCCUCCCGAUCGUGUGGUAAAAAGAGCUGAGCACAUGGUGGGCAAGGUCAUGAAGUAUGAUCCUGGGAGAGCUAAUUGUGAGCACUUUGUCACACUGAUGAGAUAUAACAUUGCUAUAUCAAGGCAGGCAGAGAGGUUCAACUUUACAGUAGAUCCAGAUUUUGUGAAACAGAUCAAAAGAUGGCUAGCUGAGAUCAAUGAGGAGGCAAACUGGUGA